GACAGAACGUGGAUCUUAGCGCAGUCGGAAGGUUGAGGCAGUGCCGUGCUGCCCAUAGCAUCGUCUUGUGUGUGUGUGUAUAUGAACGCGGACGGAUGUACGCAUAAGGUCUGAUACAGACGAGGAUAGGAGACGGCUGGACGCAUGGCUUGCAAUCUGCGGUCGCACAAGCAUGUCCGGUGAACACUACGACAGUGGAGAUGACUGGGAAAUCGGAGUGGGCGAUCUGAUCAUUGACCUCGACGCCGACUUGGAAAAGGAUCGUCAGCAGAAGCUGAAGGAGCAACAGCAGCAGCAGCAGGAGGAGACCGCGAGCAGCAGCAGCAGCGGCGUAUCGCCUUCCGGGAAUAACCGCAAGAAUCGGCACAGCAACAGAAAACAUACGAACAAAACGAAGGGCUUCCCUGAGAGCGAGUGCAGCGAGGAUAUCGUGGACGCAGGAAGCGGCGUGGGCUCUGUAAUUGUGGACAAUAAGGACUCUGAUCAAGCGGCAGACAUGAAGUUGAUCAAUAACAACAGCAGCAGCAGCAGCGCCUCUGAGAAGACUGGGCGUGUGAAGGCGAAUAAACGAAACAACAAAACCUCGAAGGCCAGGAACUGUCGACCGUUGUCUCCUGAGCAAGGCACUUUAGCUGAAACUGCCUCCACAACCACCCCCACAUCCACGAUCACAACCACCACCAGCAGCAGCAGCAGUCCCACCACAACCACCACGACGAGUGAAAGCGCUGUCCCAUCCAGCCCACAGACACUUGGAAGAGUUGGAGGUCGCGCAUCUGGGAGCUCGAACAAGCGAGACAAAGCUAAGAAGAGCCUAAGUGCUGGUGGACAACAUAGUUCUAUUGACGAUGAUAAUGAUGGUGGUGGUGGUGGCGGCAGCGGUGGUGGAGAUGGUGGUGGUGGUGGUGACAAUGUCAACCAUCAGCAUAAUUCUAAUCGUGGAAGCGGUGUCAAUGGAGCUCUGUUGGAUGAUUCGGCCGCGGAUAAGACGGUGUCUCUGCGGGAAAGCUGCGUGGAUGUUUCGAUGAUGGACUUGAGAAAUGUCGAUGAAUCUCAGUCCAACUCGAAGACUGCCAAGACUGGAUUGGCGGACCCAGCGUUCCUGAUACCGGCCGUGCCUCCGUCCUCCACCUCCCCGGGCUGUACGACGUCCGACGGGGAGGGCGGCAGCCUCGCCGCCGCUUCACUGCGCUCUUCUCCAAGCCCAGCGACGACAGCGACGACGGAAAUUUCGUCGGAACCGCAGCCGCAGCAGCAGCAGCAGCCGCAGCAGCAGUCGCCGCAGCCGCAGCAGCAGCAGCAGCGGCGGAGAAGAUCCUCGGGAGGAGCGGCGCUAGCGGCGGCGGCGGCGGCAGCAAUGGCCGGGACUGAGAUGGGAACCGGCCGGAAGCGUUGCGUGGCCGGGACGGCUCGUGACGCGAGCACGCUGACCGAGCCGGAGUGCCUGGGCCCUUGCGAUCCCGGCACCACGGUGUGCCUGGAAGGCAUCGUGUGGCACGAGACAUCGAGCUUGCUUGUUGUUAAUGUGGCGUGGAGAAAUAAAACGUACGUGGGGACGCUGCUGGACUGCACAAAGCACGACUGGGCUCCACCAAGGUUCUGCGAGUCGCCCGUGAGCGACGUGGAGGCUCGUGGCAACGGCGGCGGCGGCGGCAGCGGAGGUGGUGGCCGCGGGCGUGGCAAGCGAACCCGCGCGACCUCCAGCUCGGGCACGCUGGGCGAGCCGUGCGGCACGGGCGACGCUGCGCGGGUGGCCAUGCAGGGCAAGGGCCGCGGCAGCGGAGCGGGAAGCGCGGUCGGCGCUGGCGGCGGCGACGUUGCCGCCUCCUCUUCUGUCGGUACCGGCGGCGGAGGGAAGGGCCGUAGGGGCAACCUCACGUCGAACGGGCACUGGGGCUCGUUGCACCACGGCGAGAGCCCGCGGGUGGGCCCUGGCGGCAAACGGAAAGGCCGUCCCUCGUUGGAUAUGUCGGCGAUAUCUGGGGCGGCCGCCGCCGCAGUAGCGUCUUCAUUGCUGUCAUCGGCGCUGUCGAAGCAGCAGCAGCAGCAGCAGCAAGCGGCGAGCGAGGAGGGCACGCGGCCCGGCAAGCGGUUGCGGCUGAGCGCGGCGAGGACCGCGGCUGCGGGCUGCGGAGGGAACGGCGCCGGAUCCGGUGGCGCCGUGGCAGCCUCCGCCGACGGCGGUGCCGUGGAGCAAUUGGGCCUCACGCCGCCAUCGUCGUCGUCCUCGUCGUCUUCGUCUUCGUCCUCGUCGUCGUCAUCGCCCACGUUCAUCGACUGCCCGCACCCGAACUGCAACAAGAAGUACCGGCACAUCAACGGACUCAAGUACCACCAGGCGCACGCGCACCUGGAGAACGAGGACAAGGCGGACCCAGGCAGGGGCCGGGCGGACGAUGAGGGCGGCGGAGAUGGCGCCGCUGGCUUUGGCGCCCGUGCCUCCAGGGCGAACGGAAUGUUGGAGCAUGGGACGGGCGGCGGCGGGGUUAAGACCGAGUGCUCGGAGCGCUUGAAAGGCGCUCGGGCCGAGGAGAGCAUUGCCGGCUUGAACGGAGCAGACAACCCGAGCGGCGCUUCGCCGCCAGCGCUCGGCGGCAGAGCGAGGGGUCACGCGAAGAAAGUCAAGGGGGAGCCCGCGGACGCAUCGAGCGAACGAGCCGCAAACCCCGCUGUCGCCGAGGCCCCCAAGCCGGAAGCCGAACAUUCGGCCCGCGGCGCUUCCCGGCAGGAGGCGGACACGGAGGCGGUCAAGAAGGCGAGCGGCAUCAAAACGGAAGGCAAAAUGUCCCCGCAUAAGAACAGAACGGCCGCCGGUCAGGAGGCGUCGCCGGCGGGCAAGGGAGCAUUCGGCGCUCCCGGUGGCGGUGGCGUCGGCAGCUCGGUUCCGCCGGAAGCCGGCGACGAGACAAACGGCCCGCGCGCGAAAGACGCCCGCGCCAACAGCCCCUCGGAAGGCGCGGGAGCCUCCGCCGCCAACGCGCUGCUCGCCAAGGAAAAGAAGAAGAAGGACAAGAGGAAGUCGAAAGAGCGGGACGCCAAGGAGACGGUGAGCCUCAAGCUGAGCCUGAAGGUCAUCGGGCGGUCGGACGAGGCCAAGGAGGCAUCGGGAGGCGAGCUGCUGCAGUCGCUGAAGAAGGAUUACGUCGUCAAGACGGAGGGCCUGACCAACGGCUCGGCCGCCGCCGAGUCGCCCGAGAGGCGCAUCGCGAGCAUCAAGGAGGAGGCGGCGAAGGUCUACAGCUUCUCGGACAACACGCCGAGCCCCUGCAUCGGCGUCGGCUGCAAGGCCGAGGGCGCGCGCCCCCCCCACGUGCCCAACGGCAAGGCGGCGCCCGCGGCGGCCCAGCCGCAGGGCGCGGCCCUCCUCGGCUUGGAGGCACCGCCGGCCUCCAACGCCGGCAGCCCGGCCUACUCGGACAUCUCGGACGAGGAGGAGCGUGGCGGAGAGAAGUCGAAGAAGUCCUCCGCCGUCCCGAAGGGUCUGGGCUUCAGCGACGCCGAGCUCACGACGCUGGACACGCGCGCCCUCCGGAGCGACGACCCGGCCUUCUUCGGCAGCUACAGGCCGUACUUUUCCCCCGUGGAGCCGGCGCCGCAGAACGCGGCGGCCGAGGGCGGCGACGGAGAACCUCCCGCGGCCGCCGCGGCCGCCGUCCACAACGGCCAGAUGAUAAAGAAGGAGCACGAGGAGGCGGCGCCGCCGCCGCUGUGCAGCGAGCGCCAAGCGGUGAAGAGCGAGCGCGAGGAUACCCCCCCACCCUUGACUCAGCAGCUGUCCCGGCUGUCCCCACACAUGUCCAACUACCAGCAGUACAUGUACGGCUAUCCCUACAUGGAGCAGCAGCAGCAGCAUUAUGGCUCGGCUCCGCCGCUCGCCGGCGCCGACGAACAGGAGGCCUUGGCGAGGAAGCACGGCGGCGACAGGAAGGGAAGCGGCGCCGGCGGCGGCAAGCACCGCGCCAGGGACCUGUCGAACGGCGCCGACGGCGCAGCCAGGAGGAAGGCCCGCGCCGCUUUUGGUGGCGAGCGCGAGGCGAGCCCCAGGGACGAGUGGUCGCUGGGCGAGGCGCAGAGGGGAGAGGGCCUGGCGGCGAGGCAGAUGCAGGCCAACGAGGAGCAAGGGCUGAAGCAGAUGGUGGGAGCGGUGGAUCACUGCGGAGGCGGCCGCGAUCAGUACGCUCAGGAAUACGAGAUGAAUCGCUGGCAGCAGCUCUACUACAGCCAGUACCUGGAUCGGCAGCGCGCCGCCGAGAAGGAGCUGUGGAGGCGUGCGGAGAAGGAGCCCGACGUGAGCUUAGAGCAGCACGACUGGAAGGGCCCUUCGCUGCUCCGCGCGUGCCCCACGGAGCCGGUCGCCCCCGACGGACGUGGCAUGGGGCAGCAUAGCCGGGAGCUGCAGGGCAAACUGCCGCGGCCCUCGCAAGCGACCGCCCUGAGCCCCUCGCUGCAGGCCGGCAUGCCCGCCUCGUACGGGCAGAUGUGCGACUCGGGCCAUCCGGCCUACCGCGGGCUCUCUCCCAUGAUGAUGCACUUCUACACGGGGGGUUAUGUUCCACCAAACCUCUACUACUCGAGCUAUGGGAAGCUGCCGGGAAGUGAAGAGUUGGACCCGGAGCGACACGGCGACGGAAUGUUCAGCAUGAAGAUGGAACCGCAGAAGUCGAGAAAAUCGCCAGGCGCUGCCGAGAGGUCCUCCGCGGACAAAGAGAAGGACGCGGGCGGAGAAAAACGGAAGAGGGCGUCGAGUCCUCCACCUUCGAGACGGCAGCACGCCAUGACCCUCCAGGGCACGGGAUACCCCGACCCCAGCAGCCCCUACGACCACUACACAGGUGUAUCUGGCCCACCUGUCUUAUCACAGCCGCCUGCAUCUGCGACCGUUUCACAGCAAAGGUGAUAAAAGGCUGCGAAUUGACCUGAAGGAACAAUCAAUAUGCUGCAAAUUCAUGUGCAAAGGUGCAUAUGAUGACGACUCGUACUGUUGUGUAACAAACAUCAGUUUAAUGGUGUGUGGUUAAUCUGCCUUAACAGUAGGUGGGAUCGUUUUACUGGCGCUGUAUAAAAUAUCUUAUAAUAUCUUUUCAGUUUUUUUUUUAAUCUGUGAGCCUAAAAUUCACGAGUGAAAAUAUAAUAUUCGUCCACUAUAUUAAAGAUUGUCUUUGCCUCCAUUAAAACUGCCUCGUUCUUGCGAAAAAGCAUUAUCGAUUUUUCAUUUCUCAAGUUUUACAUAAAUUAUUAAACGGGAGUGGGUGGAGGCGGUUUGCAUUGUCUCGCGUUCAUCGCGUACCUGGUUGGAUUUGUCGUCGAAAUAAAUAAAUGCCGUGGAAAAGUGGCGUUACCUUUUUGUGGGACGGUUCGGCAAUUGAGAGAGGUGUACAGCUAUUGACUUUGCGACGCGACCUUUGCGAAGCGAGGCUAUAGCAUGCUUCAGUCUGGUGCCGAGUGGUUAAAGUGAGUGCUCAAAAUCAAUCCUGGUGCACAGCCACAUGGGGCAUCUUUUGUUUCUCCGCGUUUUUACCCGUAGACUACAUCCGGCAAUUUUAAUACCGCUGGGUUCGAUCAAUUGCUUUAAACUAUUCUUACUACGAGGAGCUCGCAUAGACUUUCAAAGGGAUGUUUCUUCAGUUGCUGGCUUUCUUUGUACCUCUACUUUUAAAGAAAAUUGUCAUAUUGAAAAAGGGACGUUUGCAAAAUGGAUUUAUUUGGAAGAUGGCUGGGUUGUUCAUGAAUUUCAGAUUUUCCUCCUGUGAUCUCGGGCCGAGCCAGCACAGCUAAGCCUAUGUGGUUAUAAUAUCAGGUGUUGAUAGUGCAACGACAACGUUUCAUGCUAUACAUUUUUUGUACUAUCCAUCAAUUCACCAGUGGCUCCAAAAACCCACCCACGUUGACGUUUGCAAUUGUUCUCGAAUCGAUCAUAACCACGAGUUGUAUUCUGACGUCAACGCUAAACAUUUGUUCAUGUCAGAAACAUCUGACCCGAGGUGGAACCACCACCAGGGUGAUCAGUGAGUGGGGCUUCACUCGUGAGCAGAAGCUUUGCGAGGUUAAAAUCCCACUGGGGAGGUCGAUUCGGCCAGUCGUCCACUACGUGGUCAAUAUAAAGAAUACCCGACUAUAUGGGAAAGUCUCCAGUGGGCUGUUCUAUAAAUAUAUGCACCCCUGGACACAGCAAUGUGGAAUGUCCACCGCUGCCUCGACCGGGAAUAGAUUAAGCCACUUCUGCCAUGCUUGUUAAAAGCAGGAAACCAAUUUAACUUGCUUUUACUUUUGAGUGAGGUGCUGGGGUGGGUUAAGCCUUGAUUUCAUGUCUUUAUCAAUACCUUUGUGUUAGAUUGCAUUGCAAGAUCGGUAGUUUCUAGCAAUGGAAGAGCAUUUUGCCCUAGGUCUAAUACCACUAGCACAAUAAUCAAAUAAUUCAUUACAAACACCAGCCGCCUUCUUAUGUUAGACGGUAUCUGAUUUGCCCCUUCUUUUAUCGGCAGUUCCAGGAAGAGGCUUCUGCGAACCAGCCUAGUCGAACAUUAUUGCAAUGAAUUAUGUAAAAUCAAUCGCUUGAAUGCCCAUAUGCACACACAAGCAAAUAUAAACAUGAAUACUGUAUCAUAUCUUCAUGCAGUGUUUACUGUUUGGUGUAUAUAAAUUAUUUACGCGAUAUGUAUAAUCCAUAAAGUAUUUAUCUCCUGUUCGCUAAAGCUACUCGUUAAAAAGUAACGUGCAUUGCCGCGUAAAAUUGAUGAAGCUUUGUCGAUAUGUAAUAUUCAUCACGUUUAUAUACGUGCAUCUGUAGAAUCCAAGUGACUUACCGACCGCAAUUUCAAUAAAAUACCAUCUUGUACGGUAGAUUUAUUUGGUAACAAAAACAAAACAACAAAAGGUGAAAGUGCACUAUUAAAAAAGAACUGCUUGAUGUCUAUCGUGAGCCUAGGAUCGUUUUAUAUUUCACAUUUGUUGGCGUACGAGCUAACGGUGAUUAAACAGUGUGUAUUUAUACGACGACGUGAUAAUUUAUGUUUCCGCAAGCGAAGUGUACGAAUAUUUAUUUCAAAUGUUGAUGACGGUUUCUUUUUGUUUUGGCUCAAUAUCACGUGGCGACUUGAGCGUGUCUAACCGUGUUCGACAAUGUCUUUUAAUAUUUAUAUUUAACGAGAGAAAAAAAACCGCCUGGUCCCCCUAAUACAGAAAUUAAAUCGGCUGGCGGUGAGAUGUAAGAAGAAAUAUUAAUCUACUGAAUUGACUUUGCUUUGUGCUCUUUAACGUUGCUAAACUCGCGCUUGUGCCAGCGAGCAAAGCAAUUGCAGGGGGGUGGGGUGGGCACUCCUUCUUUACCUCUUGUGUGAACUGAUUUUGGGUCAAGUAAUAGGAUUCGCCUACUCCUCCCAGCUAUUCGACGAAUUGUCACGAUCCCCGAGGUUGCGAUUCGAGUCGCUGUAAUGUUUUAAUUUUGUGCACCAUGUUUAUACAAUCUCAUUGGCUUCAUGAGAAUACUUUGCACGAACAAUUUAUUCUCACAUCCGCAACUUAAUUUUUUCGGCGCGCUUAGAAACGAUUUGGAUCCUCGAAAUCGAUCCAUCGUUACACGCCUACUGAUUUUGUCAACGUUUUAUUUGCACAGCAAUGGAAGCCUGCACACACAGACCAAUGCAUGCGUUUUUUUUUUACAAAUCCGCAUCCACGCAUCAACAACUCUGCGGCAUUACCCGCACCGCCUCCCGUAGGUUUUCGAGAUCGUACCGUGUGACUCCUUCCAAUUGUUUUUUUUUCAUUUUGGGGGGGGGGGGGGGGGUGGUGGAGGUUGUUUAACCGCGUGCUGUUGAUUGGCGCGAUGAACCGACAUUUCAAAUUCGUUUCAGCGGAAUGUCGCACCGAACGACGCACAGCAAGGUCCGAAAACGCAGCAGCGCGUAGCGUUUCGCGGCCGCGUUAGCCACGACCGGGGCCGCAUUCGCGAGCGGUCUCGCAGAUAAUUGGCAGGGAGAAUGUGGCGGGCCGGGGGAAAGGCAGUGGAAAUGGAGCCCCUUUUUGAUCGCUCGCUGCAGGAUGAAAGGACGCAACAAAAGCCCGGCGGGGACACCUGUUGGAACGAUUCAACCGCAAUUGGGCUUGAGGUUUCCAAAGGAGGGGGGCGAUGGGCAGGAAGAGCGAGCGAGAGAGAGGCCUGUUAAAGCCCGGGUUGCUCCAGGGGGUUAAACUACCACGACAACACCCUGGGAAAGGAAGGCCGGGGAGGUGGGUGCGGUGGCUUUUGUAGCGUCUUGAUCGUCUUGAUCGCGUGGUAGAAACUGUCAGGAGGGGGGGGGGGUUCGAAGGUUAAAAUGGGUUGUGGUCGCUGGGGGCAGCAGAUCGUUUCGUGAGGAGGAGGUGUCGGUCGCCUCGUUGUUGACGACGAUGAUGAUGCACGUCUCCCCCCCCCACCACCACCUCCACAAGAGUUAUUGUUUUGGCUGCGGAGGGAGAAUGACGCGCAGUGGUUUAACGUGACCACGACUGCACUGGAAACUCACGCGGUCGGCACGCCGUGAUUCGUCGAUUCGAAUGAAAGCAGCGCUGGGGGGUUGUAUGGGUCAUGGACUCGCACGGUCUAAGCAGCUAAUGAGCGCGUGUAAGAAUCAAUUAGUUCUGUGCAUGUUUAUUUUCUGUUUUGUUUCGUACAAGCAUUGUGGAGUCCACAGAUUCGUGCCACCUAAACAAUGUCGGUGAUCUUCUUGGUUCUUUCGGUAAA